AUGUAUUCGCUGCUGCAGGCCUUCUUGGAGGACAUUCACCAGAGGUUGCAGUACCUGGAGCUGUAUUACCCCAACCUACCUAUCCCUACCCCAAUACCCUACAUCCAUCCCACCUGUUUUCAGGUUACAAUGAUCCCUAAUCACCAGGAUCAAUUCCUGUCCUACUCUGCCGCUCACUUCCUCCCAGCUGGACAGUACUGCUUUCCAUACGCAUACCAGUAUGAAGCAGCAAACUCACCUGCACGGAAGCAAGAGCGUAAAAGGAUCAUAAUAAAAGACCCCACUCAGGGAGGAAGGGACAUCACUGAUGAGAUUAUGUCUGGAAGAUGGGCCCCAUCAACAGCAACACCAUCUCAUAUUAUAAUAAAAGACCCCACUCAGGGAGGACGGGACAUAACUGAAGAGAUCCUGUCUGGAAGAUGGACCACGUCUACAGCAACACCAGCUCUGUCUGUAGAUGCAGAGGUCAAGGUUAAUGAUGAAAACUCAACACCUCCUGGGCAGGACAUAACUGAAGAGAUGAUCUCAGGAAGAUGCACCACAUCUGUAGAAACACCAACUCUGUCUGUAGAUGCAGAGGUCAAGGUUAAUGAUGAAAACUCAACACCUCCUGGGCAGGACAUAACUGAAGAGAUGAUCUCAGGAAGAUGCACCACAUCUGUAGAAACACCAACUCUGUCUGUGGAUGCAGAGGUCCAGGCUAAAGAAGAACACUCAACAGCUCCUGCUACUGUGCCUCACAUCAAGCAAAGUCAGAUUGCUAAUACACAGCAGAGGAACAAAUACAGCCGGAGCUUUCUUUUGAGUCUGCAGCUUAAUAGUUCCAGCCUGCAGAAACCCAAAGUCCUGACUGAUAUCCCUGAGGUGGUUCUGAAUACGCCUCUGAUGGAGCAGUUGUAUUUGAGAGACGUGAUGAACUGUAAGUCAGAUAUCGGCCUCUCAAUUAGCAAACAGGAAACGUCCAUCUCUGAGCCUGUGGAUGUUCAAGAUGUCAAGACUGAAGAGGAGCAUCAUGACUUAAUUAAGCCGCAGCAGAAGAAAAAAUAUGACCGGAACUUUCUGUUGAGCUUACAGUUUGUAAAGUCUAGCCUGGAAAGGCCAAAAGUCCUGACAAACAUCCCUGAAGUGCUUCUGGAACAGCCCCUGAUGCAGCAGUUACCCCUGAGGGACUUGAUGACACGUACGACAGAUUGUCCUGCCUUGGUUUGUAAACUGGACACACCUACUUUUGAACGUGUGGAGGUCCAGGAGGACAAGCUGGACAGAAAGAACAUCAAGCCUGAGGCGGAGAGCUGUAAGCGUGAUAACCUGGUACAGAAGAUUAAAUACGACCGGGAGUUUCUGUUGAGUUUGCAGCUAGUCAGCGCCAGCCUGCAGAAACCAAAAGUUCAGCUGCACGACCCAGAUGUUGUUCUGGACAAGCCCCAGCUUGAUCAAUUGUACCUGAGGGACCAGAUGCUUUGUAGGAAGGACAAUGCAAACCUAAGCAAACAGGGUGUUAUUGGACGUGGACCACAAAAGCAGCCUAAAAAAGUGAGACGAAUCAGCACCAGCAUCCCACCAACCAAUGACAGAGUGCAGCUGAACAAGGCUGAGAACGCCUGGAUGCCAGCGGUAAAGAAGAGCUGCAGUGAGAAUGAAGAUCCAGAGGCAGCUAAAACCCAGGAGCUGUUCCGUAAUGUCCGCAGUAUCCUGAAUAAACUGACACCACAAAUGUUUGAGCAGCUGAUGAAGCAGAUCACCAAGCUUCCCAUCAAUACUGAGGAGCGGCUUCAUGGAGUCGUCAAUUUAAUCUUCGAGAAGGCUGUUUCAGAACCCCAUUUCUCCAGCACUUAUGCCAACAUGUGCCACAGCCUUAUGGAACUCAAAGUGCCCACCUCAGAUAAAUCAGAAUCAACAUGGAGCUUCCAUAAAGUGCUGCUCAGUCGCUGCCAACAGGAGUUUGAAAAGGACAAGAAGGAUGACAAGCUCAUUGAACAGAAGCAAAAAGAGCUGGAUGAAGCUACAGAGGAGAAAGACUGUCAGCACUUUAAAAACGAGCUAGAAGAAUUGAGGAUCAAAGCUCGCACACGUUCCCUGGGUAACAUCAAAUUCAUGGGGGAACUUUACAAGUUGAAGAUGAUCACAGAGCAGAUUAUGCAUGACUGUAUUGAGAAGCUACUGAAAAAUGAAGAUGAGGAAAGCUUGGAAUGUCUAAGCAAGCUGCUCUCUACUGCUGGAAAGGACCUAGACAGUAAAAAGGACAAGCUUCAACUGGACCAGUACUUCCAUCAGAUGGAGAAAAUAAUAAGGGAAAAGAAAACCUCAUUCAGGAUCCGCUUCAUGCUCCAGGAUGUUCUGGAUCUUAGACAGAAUAACUGGGUUUCCAGGAGGGUAGAUCAGGGCCCCAAAACCAUCGACCAGGUCCAUAAAGAAGCUGAAAUGGAACAGCAUGUGGAGCAGCUUCAAGUCCAGCAAAAGCUGCUCUCCAAGAAACACUGGAGUCAAAGACAAGGAGGCCAAAUUAAUAAGACUCAGUAUAACAGAUGGAACACGGCGCCCUUCUGCAACAAUGACAAGUCACACCAUAGCAAAAUCACCAAGCCUGGUGUAUUACAGCCUCUGGUUCAAGCUCACAGAGGAAAUCGUUCAUGGGGAAGUCAGACGAGCAGAUUCAGCAAUGGAACUAAAGACACCAAAGGAAACGUUCCCUUCAGUAGGAAGCCUGAGGUUCGAUCUCAAACUGGGGAGAUGCGGGGUGUCUCCAACAUGAUGGACAAGAGAGGAAACGCCACUCGAGACAGCAGAGAACACACAGUAAAUCAUAAAUCAGCUCCAGCACCACCUGCUCCUGCCAAACCUGCUCUGAAUGAGGAGCAGGUAGAGAAAAAAUCAGCUGCUAUUGUCGAGGAGUAUCUCCACAUCAAUGACCUGAAGGAGGCGCUGCAAUGUGUGCAGGAGCUGAACAGUGAAUCUCUGCUGUUUGUGUUUGUACGUCACGCUGUGGAGAUGACACUGGAGCGCACCACCACUGCUCGAGAGCACAUGGGUCUGCUUCUUCGACAAAUAAUCAGUGCUGGCGUUUUACCCACUGAGCAGUAUUAUAAAGGGCUUCAUGAGAUUUUGGAGGUUGCUGAUGACAUGGCUAUUGAUAUACCUCACAUCUGGCAAUACCUAGCAGAAGUAAUAACACCGAUGCUGCAGGAUGGAGGGAUUCCCAUGGCUCAGCUCUUCAGAGAGGUUGCUAAGCCGCUGCUGCUUAUAGGAAAAGCUGCUGCCCUUCUGGUUCAGAUCCUCAACCGGCUUUGUCAAAAAACAAGCUACAAAAAAGCCAGAGAUCUGUGGAAUGAAGCUGGACUCAACUGGAGGGACUUUCUUCAUGUGGAUGAGGACGUCAGCAAGUUUGUGAUGAAACACCUGCCUCCAGCAUGGAACAAGAUUCUGUAUUACCCCAACCUACCUAUCCCUACCCCAAUACCCUACAUCCAUCCCACCUGUUUUCAGGUUACAAUGAUCCCUAAUCACCAGGAUCAAUUCCUGUCCUACUCUGCCGCUCACUUCCUCCCAGCUGGACAGUACUGCUUUCCAUACGCAUACCAGUAUGAAGCAGCAAACUCACCUGCACGGAAGCAAGAGCGUAAAAGGUCUGUAGAUGCAGAGGUCAAGGUUAAUGAUGAAAACUCAACACCUCCUGGGCAGGACAUAACUGAAGAGAUGAUCUCAGGAAGAUGCACCACAUCUGUAGAAACACCAACUCUGUCUGUGGAUGCAGAGGUCCAGGCUAAAGAAGAAAACUCAACACCUUCUGCUACAGUGCCUCACAUCAAGCAAAGUCAGAUUGCUAAUACACAGCAGAGGAACAAAUACAGCCGGAGCUUUCUUUUGAGUCUGCAGCUUAAUAGUUCCAGCCUGCAGAAACCCAAAGUCCUGACUGAUAUCCCUGAGGUGGUUCUGAAUACGCCUCUGAUGGAGCAGUUGUAUUUGAGAGACGUGAUGAACUGUAAGUCAGAUAUCGGCCUCUCAAUUAGCAAACAGGAAACGUCCAUCUCUGAGCCUGUGGAUGUUCAAGAUGUCAAGACUGAAGAGGAGCAUCAUGACUUAAUUAAGCCGCAGCAGAAGAAAAAAUAUGACCGGAACUUUCUGUUGAGCUUACAGUUUGUAAAGUCUAGCCUGGAAAGGCCAAAAGUCCUGACAAACAUCCCUGAAGUGCUUCUGGAACAGCCCCUGAUGCAGCAGUUACCCCUGAGGGACUUGAUGACACGUACGACAGAUUGUCCUCCCUUGGUUUGUAAACUGGACACACCUACUUUUGAACGUGUGGAGGUCCAGGAGGACAAGCUGGACAGAAAGAACAUCAAGCCUGAGGCGGAGAGCUGUAAGCGUGAUAACCUGGUACAGAAGAUUAAAUACGACCGGGAGUUUCUGUUGAGUUUGCAGCUAGUCAGCGCCAGCCUGCAGAAACCAAAAGUUCAGCUGCACGACACAGAUGUUGUUCUGGACAAGCCCCAGCUUGAUCAAUUGUACCUGAGGGACCAGAUGCUUUGUAGGAAGAACAAUGCAAACCUAAGCAAACAGGGUGUUAUUGGACGUGGACCACAAAAGCAGCUUAAAAAAGUGAGACGAAUCAGCACCAGCAUCCCACCAACCAAUGACAGAGUGCAGCUGAACAAGGCCGAGAACGCCUGGAUGCCAGCGGUAAAGAAGAGCUGCAGUGAGAAUGAAGAUCCAGAGGCAGCUAAAACCCAGGAGCUGUUCCGUAAUGUCCGCAGUAUCCUGAAUAAACUGACACCACAAAUGUUUGAGCAGCUGAUGAAGCAGAUCACCAAGCUUCCCAUCAAUACUGAGGAGCGGCUUCAUGGAGUCGUCAAUUUAAUCUUCGAGAAGGCUGUUUCAGAACCCCAUUUCUCCAGCACUUAUGCCAACAUGUGCCACAGCCUUAUGGAACUCAAAGUGCCCACCUCAGAUAAAUCAGAAUCAACAUGGAGCUUCCAUAAAGUGCUGCUCAGUCGCUGCCAACAGGAGUUUGAAAAGGACAAGAAGGACGACAAGCUCAUUGAACAGAAGCAAAAAGAGCUGGAUGAAGCUACAAAGGAGAAAGACCGUCAGCUCUUUAAAAACGAGCUAGAAGAAUUGAGGAUUAAAGCUCGGACACGUUCCCUGGGUAACAUCAAAUUCAUGGGGGAACUUUACAAGUUGAAGAUGAUCACAGAGCAGAUUAUGCAUGACUGUAUUAAGAAGCUACUGAAAAAUGAAGAUGAGGAAAGCUUGGAAUGUCUAAGCAAGCUGCUCUCUACUGCUGGAAAGGACCUAGACAGUAAAAAGGACAAGCUUCAACUGGACCAGUACUUCCAUCAGAUGGAGAAAAUAAUAAGGGAAAAGAAAACCUCAUCCAGGAUCCGCUUCAUGCUCCAGGAUGUUCUGGAUCUUAGACAGAAUAACUGGGUUUCCAGGAGGGUAGAUCAGGGCCCCAAAACCAUCGACCAGGUCCAUAAAGAAGCUGAAAUGGAACAGCAUGUGGAGCAGCUUCAAGUCCAGCAGAAACGGCUCUCAAAGAAACACUGGAGUCAAAGACAAGGAGGCCAAAUUAAUAAGACUCAGUAUAACAGAUGGAACACGGCGCCCUUCUGCAACAAUGACAAGUCACACCAUAGCAAAAUCACCAAGCCUGGUGUAUUACAGCCUCUGGUUCAAGCUCACAGAGGAAAUCGUUCAUGGGGAAGUCAGACGAGCAGAUUCAGCAAUGGAACUAAAGACACCAAAGGAAACGUUCCCUUCAGUAAGAAGCCUGAGGUUCGAUCUCAAACUGGGGAGAUGCGGGGUGUCUCCAACAUGAUGGACAAGAGAGGAAACGCCACUCGAGACAGCAGAGAACACACAGUAAAUCUUAAAUCAGCUCCAGCACCACCUGCCCCUGCCAAACCUGCUCUGAAUGAGGAGCAGGUAGAGAAAAAAUCAGCUGCUAUUGUCGAGGAGUAUCUCCACAUCAAUGACCUGAAGGAGGCGCUGCAAUGUGUGCAGGAGCUGAACAGUGAAUCUCUGCUGUUUGUGUUUGUACGUCACGCUGUGGAGAUGACACUGGAGCGCACCACCACUGCUCGAGAGCACAUGGGUCUGCUUCUUCGACAAAUAAUCAGUGCUGGCGUUUUACCCACUGAGCAGUAUUAUAAAGGGCUUCAUGAGAUUUUGGAGGUUGCUGAUGACAUGGCUAUUGAUAUACCUCACAUCUGGCAAUACCUAGCAGAAGUAAUAACACCGAUGCUGCAGGAUGGAGGGAUUCCCAUGGCUCAGCUCUUCAGGUUGGCUUUAAACUAUACUGUAGAUGUAUUUAUUAAAACUACAUGA